AUGGCAGACGAAGAUGAUCCCUCCAACCUCUUCGCUAUUCCCGAUUUAUGGCGACCUCCGGCUUGGCUCGACGACACUAUCACCAACGCCACCAGUAUCGACAAUCUUGGCAAACACAACACCCUUUUUACGCUAAAUGUACUAAGAGAGGCAUUUCCAAGCUCCUCUCAGGGCCUCAUCGACACAGGCGAGGUUCAUGUCCUACAUAGGACCCAAGAUGAUGAUGAUGCCUUCUUCAAGCUGCCCUCUGUUCUAAAGGAAUUGGCCGACCAAAACUCCAAAUCACACACCGAGCUCAGCGAAUACGGUGUUGGGCACCCCGAAUCUGAGUCUGAGCCUGAGCCUGAGCCUGAGCCUGAGUCUUCAACCACCUGUUUGGACGACGACGACUUCUGGCUGUCUCCGGAAAACGACGCCAUCAGCCCCUCUUUAUUCAGGACUUGGGAGAGCUUCGACAAUUUGGAGCAAGAACAGGGCACAUUAUUUAUCUCUGAAGCGGGGCCCGCCGCAUUUGAUGCUUUAUUGGCAUCCAAUCAAGCGGCCGGUGAUAUCCUCGAUGUGUUGGAUGCCACAAUCUACUGCGCAUGUUUAUCGAACCUCGCCCUAGGGAGGAGUUCUGUCUUGUUCUCGUGGGAGUCGGAGAAGAAUUCUUUUGUCAAGACGAGCCCUUGUCUCGGCAUCUCUGGACUGUCUCUGGAAACGGUCAAAGCCGUCGACAAGCUCUGCCUCGACUGCGGAAACUCGGCCAGGCAUCUCCAAGCGUUCGCCGAGGGCGCAUACUCUAUCGCCUCCACUCCCACCCGGGUCGCUCUCGCCGGUGUCGUUGACCGGCUGGUGACGGCGGUCCGAUCUGAGCUCAAAAACAACAGUCACGGUGUGAGGUCGAUCCUCCAGCUACAAUCCGUCGUCCAGCCGGCUCGGUCGAUCCUCUUGUACUUCAAGGGGCUUGUUAAGAAACUGGCCCAGGAAACGUCCGACGAGGGAAUGCUGUCAUGUCUCUUCCAGGAGGCGCAGGCUUCCGAGUACCGGGAUGGCCUUAUAGAAGAUGUUACGAGGGAAGUUCUGCGUGUUUUAUCCCAACCGUGGAUCGAGUUUGUUGAAGAAUGGGUUGGUCUUAGGGCCGAAAAUGGGAUUGCCAUGACUAAAACGGGGCCCAGCAAAGGCUUUGUCAAUAUCGUAGACAAGAUGUGGAUUGAUGAUCAGGGUUUUGAACUAGAAGAGGCCGACUAUUUCCUUGACGAGGACAGAGUACCGACCUUUAUUCCGGAGGAUAUGGCCAGGUCUAUUUUUGAGACUGGCCAAAACCUCCGGUUUCUGCGCGAACAUCAUCCGGAACAUCCACUCGCCAGACCGGACUUAGUUUCUCUGGCGAUGCCGCCGAAGUUGGAAUGGGAGUUCAACUGGGACGCCGUAUCACAGCUAGAAGCGAGAGUCAACCAGUACCAAAACGCAGUGGUCCGAGCCAUUAAAGGGACACUGUCGGGGACGCCCCAAGCCGCGCCGUAUGGCGCCAACAAGCGGAAGUACGACGUUGCGGAGCUCGAGUAUUUUGGAAAAGACGAAACCCAGGUGCGAGAAAAUAUUCUUGCUUCGAUACGCCAGCUUGACCAGUCACUUGGAAAUCCCGAGCCUCGGGAUGAGCUUACUCGACUUCUUCGCCAUCGGCUAUAUCAAACGCCAGAGACAUCACACAGCCCCAGGGGCCUCACCCCCCAUUGGACAUUGGUACCCCUUUUGUCGUUCGGUCCAGUCAUCGAAACCCAGUCAGUUCUCAUAAACAGCGAGUGUAUGAAGCUGCUCUUUAGCGCCCAUCACCUCCGCGUUCACAUCGACCUCCUUAAACAAUAUUUUCUCCUCGAUAAUGGCCUCCUUGUUAGUCGCCUCACACACGCCCUCUUUGACCCUGACCUCUCUACUGCCGAACGCCGCGCUGGCGUCGCCCUCGGCAGUGGGACGAUGGGUCUCCGUCUUGGAAGUCGCCAAACUUGGCCGCCCGCCAGCUCCGAACUUCGCCUCGCCCUCAUGGGUGUCCUAUCCGACUGCUACGAGUCCCCCACGCCUCGCCUCGAUACUAAUGCGGGCGCAAACAACUCCAGUUCAACCCUCCCAGGCGACCUCAGUUUCACGGUCCGGGAUCUCUCCCCGCAAGAAAUAGACCGCUGCAUGGACCCCCACGGCCUCGAAGCCCUCGAUUUCUUGAGGCUAUCCUACAAACCGCCGGCUACCCUCCGUCCCAUCAUGUCCCCGGCCAUCCUCCUAAAAUACGACCGCAUAUUCAAACUGCUGCUCCGCGUCCUGAGGAUGCUAUACGUCGCGAACCAACUCUCCCGCGACCAACGGCGGAAUAGCGGAGAAGAAAGCAACGCAUCCCGCCGCUUCCGCAUCGAAGCCACGCGCUUCAUCCACCACAUCGCCGCCUACUUCUUCGACAUCGGCAUCAAGCAGCCCUGGGCGCGCUUCGAGGCCUGGCUGGACGGCGUGCAGGCCGAAACCGAAGCUGAAGUCGAAGCCGACGAGUGCAGGGACGGGGUUUCUACGAACAAAACGGGCCACGGGGACGACAACAACAAGAACAAAAGGAAACAGAAGAUGGCGCCGGGCAGCGGCAGCGACAAAAACACCACCGCCGGGCCCGAGGUGCUGCGCGCGCAGCAGGAGCGUGUGCUGGACGAGAUGAUGGGCGUGCUGUUCCUGCGCAAGCGGCAGGCGCCGGUCAUGGGCCUGCUGGAGGAGACGUUUGGCGUGGUGUUGCGGUUUGCGCGGCUCGUCGGGGCUGGGGCUGCGGCUGGUCGUGGGGAGAGUGGUGGUGGGGGUGAGGCGGAGACGGCGCGGGAGUUGUAUGGCUUGUUUCGGAAAAAGGUGGAGGUGUUUGUGACGGUUUGUAGAGGGCUGGGGGAGAAGAUGGCGGUUUCGGCGGCGGCUGUUGCUGCUGCGGGGGCGGGAGCGGGGGCGGGGGCGGGUAUGGGGAGGGAGGGUGGUUGUGUUGAGCAGUUGUUGUUGAGGUUGGAUAUGGGGGGGUUUUAUGGGAGAGAGGCUGUUAGGUAG